GCCUUCGGAGCCUGGAUAUGCGGCAGCGAGAAUAGGGAGUCGAGAAAGAACAGGAGGAGGGAAUCUUGAUCUUAUCAGCUCCGGAUAGUCAGGCACCAUUCUUCCCCAGAUUUUUAUCGGUGAGGUGAGUUUUGGCAGAGCCUCCGAUGCAACUUGAAAGAUAAACCCGGCACCCAUUACGCCCUCGAUUCUCCACAAUCGUUAUUCAUCCCCAACGUACUUUUCUUCUCGUGCGCUUUUGCUGUUGCACUUCAACGCAAACAUCAAUCAUAUUGAGGAAGCCGUCUACCUGUGUCGCUUGUGUUUGACUUGCUUUGACGAAUAAUUUUAUAUUCUACCCUUUCGGGUCUGUCCACGAUGCUUUCGAGAAGCGCCGCAAAAUGUCUUCGGAGGUCUAAUGCAAUUUCAUUACGAUCAUGUACAUGUUCAUUCACGACGAGGACGCCAUCUUCACCGUCGCUAUUAGCAGCAAUACCCGCCGCAUCCCGAUGUCGGCUAUCACCGAGAAGCUCUGCCUUCCAUACUUCUUCGCGUUGCUCGGCUCAAUCACCAACAGCUGAUGCGCUGAUGGAAAAUUUGACCGACCUGUAUUCCACGGCCAAAGACGAAUUCGAGAUCGCCGCAGAAGAGACCGAGAAAAAGACAGUAUAUGCGGCCGAUGACCGAGAAGCCGCACAGGAGGCGCUACAAAUGCUGAAAGAAGCUUUUGAAAGGGCGGUUAAGGAAAGCGAUCCCGAAGUCGGAAAAGAGAUACAGAGCAGAGUUGGACAGAGAAUACGAGAGUUGGAAAACGCCGUAAAGGUUCUGGAAGAAAUGGCUAUGGAGGACUAAGCCAAAACCUGCUGGGCUAAAGACAUGGUUCUGCGAAUGUCUGCAACCGAGUAAUUCUAUCAAGAAGAAAGAUGUGCCUUUCACAGUCGCAAGUGUCGCAGUCUCGAGGGGCGGGUCCGCAUAUAGCAUUGGAAUUUGUACAGCACGUCUCUCAGCUCUGAAUUGGGUAGGGCGGCAGAUAAACAAGCGCAGCACUCGAGGAAAC